AUUCGGCUUCAGCUAGUGUGCUGCUGCUCGUCUGUGCCGGCGGUCAGCACUUUUUAAUCUGGAAAAAACACACAAAAAGACCAAAACACGGUGCCGGUUUGCAGAAUAAACCACAGGAGGUGAGAGAGGGGGGUUUUAAAAAGCGGGCAUCGCCAUCUUCUUGUUAAAAAAAUACCUAACUAUAUAUUUAAAAUAUAUUUAAAUAUAUAAAGUCACGUUUCCAAGAUGGCAGACGCCGAGCAAGUUUCCUCCACAACUCCAAACGAAGUGGAAGAAGACGAGAUGAAGCCUUGGCGUGAGGCAGGUUUCAGGGAAGCCCCAGCUCAGGACCUGGUUCAGGAUGGAAAUGUAGGUUUGUUUGCUGGAGAACAAGAUGUUCAUGAUGUCCAGGAUGUCCCAGAAGUGCAGAAAGCUCAUGUGGAAGCUGCUGGAGAAGUGAUCAGACAGGAGGAGAUGGAUCUCCUGCACACACCCGAGAACAAAGCCGAGACUGAAUGUCUGGAGAAAUCUGUUGAUUUGAUUUCUAAACCUGUGGAGUGUGAAAGCCCUGAGGAACCAGACAGCACUCAGAUAGAGGAUGAAAUUACAGCAGUGGAGGAGGAAGCUGUUAGAGAGGCAGAAGAAGACACAGAAGAAGCCUUAAAUCUACUGGAUCUGAAAGAUUCAGAUGUGCAAGCUUUCACACAAGUGAAACAAGACCAAGAUCCUGUGGUUUCAUCUGCUACAGAGCUUCAGGAAGCUUUUAGAUCAGCAGAGAUCCAGGAGCAGCUGAUGACCACAAAGCUUGAAGAGGAGAUCUUCUUCAAAUCCGAGCCUGAACCACAAGAUCAGGACUUUCACAUUAGUGCAAGGGUGAAAGAGGAAGCCUUUUCAGCUCCUGUUGAGUACGAGAAAGCUGUAAGUUCAGUCGUGGAGGAGAAAAAAGAGCCAGAGAGGAGAACCCAGGUGGAGGAAAGAUUCAGAGUCGACUCCGAGUCGACUCCCGCAGCCUCUGCGUCUCCAUCAGCCCAUGAACCCAGUCUUCCUUCCUCUGCUGUUGCUGCUGCUUCUUUUCCGACUCUGAUGCAAUUUACUUCAGAAUACGAGGAUUCUUCAUUAAUAGCUAGCACACAGCCCAGCAUCAAAACGACCAUGGAUUCGUUCGGCAGUGAUUCACCUUCCAGAAGCGUGCCCAGAUACGACCCAGACGUAUUAAACCAGUCCGAUGAUGACUUGAUGUUUGAAACGAAAAGGAACCCUUUUCAAGACUUCUCGCCUGUCGAGAAACCCGCCAGCGAGUUCUCUCCUUUUGGAGAAACUACAGCAGACAUCAGGGCAGCGAAGAUGUCAGAUAGUCCAUCUCCAGAUCUGGUCCAGGACGCCCAUGAUGGAGAGCUGCAGGACAGUUCGCCCAUGCAGGACUACGAGCAGUCAUUUGAUUCCAGAGAAGCGGCCACCGAGUCUCUGAGGCAACAGCUUGCUUCGUCUGACUUUUUUGGGACUGCUCCAAAAGAUAAAGAGGAAUCUGGUUUGCCACCAUCUCUCCCAGAUAUUUUGAAGUCUUCUCCACACAAACAUGAUAAAGUAGACUCGGGAUCUUCAGAGGGAAGUCCUGAUUUCAGUCCAGUCCAUAGGAGCGGCAACGAUUCGCCAAAUGCUCCUUUCUCUGUGUCGGCAAACAAUCCAUUUGCUUUCGAAGCCAAGGUUCCUUUGGUUAAGGAGAUGACUGAGGAGACUGAGGCAAGGGCUGCAGAAAGGGCGAGGAUUGAAGAAGAAGAAGAAGAAGAAGAAGAAAAGGCUUCUGAGCAAAUGUUUGGCACAUUUGAUCUCGUUAAGGAGGCUGAAAUUUCUCCAAAAGGCACCGAAACCACCAUUGAAGACCAAGACGAUUUUAAGACUUUGAGCCAAGAUUCUGCUCAGAUAGUUGACAAGUUCGAAUGUCUCAGCUUCCCAACUGGAAAGACCCAAGAACACUCUGACUCUGAAAGCCCAUCUGCAGAUUCACUCUCUCCAGUCUUGGAGGCCAUGGCAAAGAACCCAGCAAGUUUCCAGAUCGAACCCGAGAAGAACAUUGUGGAGGAAGCAGAGGCCGCGGAUGAGGUUUCUGAGCAAGAGGUAUCGUCUGAAGAGUUUGAGUUUGUCGAGAAGCCACCUCGAGGCGCCGUCGAUGAGUUUUUGGAGACGCUUGAAAGCUCAAAGUUUGCCAAGGCAUCUGAAAUGGUCGAUGAUGACGAGGACACAGCCAAAUUUACAGAGCAAGUGGAAGAGGCGAGCCCGGUUGUACAAGAAACAAAGAAUCAAACUUAUUUUCUCCUCACCGAACCGUCAAACGAGACCUCUCCGGCGAGAGGUAAGGCAGGCCUAGAGUUAUCUGAUUUCCAAGUGCCCUCCCAGGCUCCUUUGGCACCCAGUCCUGUGGUCAAAACCGAGACGGUGGCUGUGAAGAAAGUGGAACCUAAAGACCUCAAGCUGCCUAACCUGAAUGCAGGAGCAGUGGUGGAGCUGCUGUACUGGCGCGAUGUGAAGAACUCGGGCAUCGUGUUCGGAGCGAGCCUCCUGCUCCUGCUGUCGCUCAGCGUGUGCAGCAUCAUCAGCGUGCUGUCCUACGUGGCUCUGGCGCUCCUCUCCGUCACCAUCAGCUUCAGGAUAUACAAGGGCGUGCUGCAGGCCAUCCAGAAGAGCGACGAAGGCCACCCGUUUAAGCUGUAUCUGGAGCAGGACGUCUCUCUGCCUGAUGAGGUGGUCCGCAAAUACAGCGACGUAGCCCUCAGCCGGAUCAACGCCGCCAUCAACGAGCUGCGCCGCCUCUUCCUGGUCGAGGACCUGGUCGAUUCCCUGAAGUUUGCUGUGCUCAUGUGGAUCCUGACGUACGUCGGUGCCUUGUUCAACGGACUCACUCUUCUCAUUCUGGGUCUGGUUGCGAUGUUCACCUGCCCAGUAGUCUAUGAAAAACAUCAGGCACAGAUCGACCAUUACAUCGCCUUGGUGAGGAACCAGGUGAAGGAUAUUGUUGAAAAGAUCCAGGCUAAAAUCCCGGGUGCGAAGAAGAAGGUGGAGUGAAAGGCGUUCAGUUCGGAGGAUCGGGGUUUUCCGUGCCCUGUUCCACUCUCUUAUUUUCACAACUCUCUCCACUACACAAGCCGUCACAUCCAGUGGAAAUUCUUCUUUCUGCCUUUUUUUUUUUUUUUCUCUCUUCAUAACCAGUCGCUACGAUGAAGUUGUAAACCGUUUUGAGCCACUACUUAUUUAUCUCGACACACUGACUGGUAUGAUAAGACAAGACUCGUGUUUCCUGACAGAGCGAUUAUAGUAUUCCAUUAACUGGGUUUGUCGUCGUCGUCAUCAUCAUCAUCAUCUAGGUCCGUAUGUGUUUCAGAAAUAAUUCAAUUCAUUUACUUUUUUUUUUUUUUUAAAUGAGGGAGAAUUUAUGGUAUCGUUUUUUGAGGCAAAAACCUUGGUAUGUGUCCAUUUAUUUUAUUUUUUUUUUUGGGUAUGAUUUAGUGUUCCUGUAAUUGUACUGUUUUAUUGAUGAACUGUGUAGAAACCUUUCACAAAAAGCUUCUCGCUCUCUUCAAGUGGCUCUUGUGUUGUACCUUGCAAAAGAGUUGCUCCAUAAGCACUUCAUGCUUCCGAGUAUUUCUAGGCGAUUUAGACUCAUACUAAGAGAUAAGAGCAUACACAUAUUAUCGAGACGCCAUUUCACCUCAUCGCAGCUUAUUUAGUGAAAUCUCUGGAACGGAACGAACGAAAAACGUUUACAAGACAUUUGACUUAGAGAAAUAUUUAAAAAAAAAAAAAAAAAAGUUGUUUAUUUGUGGACCCAAUACCUAAAGCUGCAACGUUAUGUAACAUGACUAAACACAUUGUUUGUUAUGCAAGUAAUUGUGAAUGAUACUUCAUACGGUCGUGGUGAACAUCUGUGGAAUGCAUUGUGAAAUGUAAAACAAGCACCAAUAAAGCUUCUAGACGAA